GCCCAACAAGAUUUAAGACAAGUAAAAGAUAUUUACUUACAUACAAAUAUUUAGAUACGUAAAUAAAAACCUGAGAUGCACAUUUCUCCAGUUCAGUUACCUUUUGCCCUUCCGAUUGUUAACAUCCCAAUAAAAACUUCUUCACCUUUCCGUAACAACCGAGACAAAGAACGUUUUAAAUCUACGAUGGCGUCCUAUGAAUUUAGAGAAAUUGUUUGGCUCGGAAUUUGCAAUGUGGUAGUCGGACCACUAAUGUUUAUCUGGGGAAUGUUUUCCGAGCUUGAAACUUACGAGGAAAAAAGAGACGCCAGCAAUACAGCCGACACGGAACUAGGAGACACAUAUAAUCCGAUUUUCUGGGCCUAUCGUUCCCUGAUAUUCUGCUCCUUUUUUUCGGGAUUGUUCGCAAUUUGGGCAGUCACCAUAUUCCGUGACGACUGCAAUUGGGAGAUCAGAUUGGGAAGGGUGGCAACGCUCUUGGCGAAAGCGAUGUACUGGCAAAUUGUCGCAUUUUUCUUCUACAACGUUGAUCCAAUGGGUUGGAGGAUGAAGGAUGGACUUCUGGGGUCAUGGGAACCGAUUGAGUUACCUUUCUUGACAUAUUUUUAUUGCGUCGUGGUGCAAUACUUUUUUUGCGCGGGAGAUUGGUAAAUUUGUUCAAGAGGUAAAAGAUGUGAUAAAAUCGCAAUAAAGUAUUGAAAAUUUAAUUUAAGCGAAUUUACCUGAUUUCUGCAGAAAUUUAUGUAUGUAUGUGCUGACUUAAAAUGUGUAUUUCUGAAGUGAUCGAGUAUUCCAGUUUGUACGGUUUGGUUUAUAAAAGUGGAUUUCAUUAUUUAAAUCAUGUGUGUAAUGUACCUAGGUAUUUAAGGUUGUUUAAUGGCGAUCAAUAUUUUGUAAGAUUUACAUAUCUAAAUUAAUUAUGUGCUGGGUGAAUAUCUGAUAGAUAAUGAUGGUUUACAAAUCUGUAUCAUGUACUAAUUAAUCAAUUAUUUAAGUGAGUAAUGUAACUUAACUUCUAAGCAUUAAUUAUAUGUUUCGCUGGUGCAAAGUCGAAUAAAAUAUAUUUAUAUGCUUUUUUCCUAUUUAUAAAUACACAUGAAAAUUUUACUGUGUCAAUUUAUAUAUGGAAUCAGUGUUAACUUUACACUGUAAA